AUGUCUAUGCUCGGCCUCUGCGGUCUAGUGAUUGGCAGUCCGACACCUCAGUCUGACACUGAGAUCCCUUGCCCACUGGCCUAUCCUUGCGGGGAUAUCACCGUCUCUCUCUCAUACUGCUUCAACGUUACUGAUGCCCCCGUCUAUGGAGAUGGCACCUUUAAAGAUGAGACUCCGAUCGAGUGUGUAUGUGGCAGUGAUGUCCUGGGCGACGAGAGCGGGCUGUAUGCAGCCACAGAGUGCAUCCUCUGUGGCGACCUCGAUAAAGAGAGCUCUGCCCUGGUUGAGCUUUGGUGGUACACGUGUGCUACCGCCUACGAGAUUGGGGUAGACGAGGCGCUCAACUGUUGGAAUGACGGCACUGAUUGCUACGAACCCGAUGCAGGAGUCGCGUUCCUAAGCAAGUAG